AUGCCCCGUUUCCCACACCUCCUGCGCCUACCGCCCAAGCUGCGCCGGCGCGCACGGCGGCAACGCAUGGCCACGCUCUUGGCCCUCCUGGCCCUCGUCGGCCUGCUGUUCGUGCCCUUCUACAUCAUCUACAAGCCGCCCCGGCCGCUCAUCAGCUACUUUGUCAGCCGCUGGCCCGACGUGCUUUGGCGCGUCGACCUGCCGGUGCUUGUCACGUCCGGCGACCCGUCCGAGCGGCCGGCCCAGCGCAAGCUCGUCGCGCUCACCAUUGACGACGCCCCCUCGGAGCACACGCGCGGCAUCCUGGAGGUGCUGCGCCAGUACGACGCCCACGCCACGUUCUUUGUCAUUGGCGGGCAGGUGCCGGGCCGGCAGAGCGUGCUGCGCGAGGCGCUGGCGCUCGGCGGGCACGAGCUGGCCAACCAUGGCAUGCACGACGAGCCGGCGCGGUCGCUGGCGGACGGCGCGCUCCAAGCCCAGAUUGCCGAGGUCGACGCGAUGCUCCAGCAAGUGUACGACUCGGUGCGCGAGGGCCGGCACGGCGGGGCGACCAAUACGGAACUGGCCCAGACCAAGCCGCCACGGUACUACCGGCCGGGCUCUGGCUUCUUUAGCGACCGCAUGCGCACACUCGUUGCACAGCUGGGCUACAAGCUGGUGCUGGGCGGGGUGUACCCGCACGACGCACAGAUCAACUACCCAUGGCUCAACGCGCGGCACAUUCUGAGCAUGCUGAAGCCGGGUGCCAUUGUCAUCUGCCACGACCGGCGAUCGUGGACGGCACCCAUGCUGCGCAAGAUGCUGCCGGCGGCCAUCAAGCAGGGUUACCAGUUUGUCACGGUCACGGAGCUUCUGAAAGCAGGCAAAGAGGGGGACUAA